AUCCACUUGACAGAUGUGCUGUCAAACAAACUGCUGUCGAAACGCAAACCAUCAUUACAGCAAACUAGAAUUGUGUUGCAGUUAUUUUAGUCAUACAUUUGUGGAUGAUAAUACAAAAUUCCGAAUUUUGUUUACAUUGCCAUAGCAUUUUUAUUGAAAUUCGUCAUUGAAUUGUCAAAAUUGUGUAGAGUGUAAAUUGGUUGAGUGGAAAUUUGCCACACAAACAACAAGAGGAGUGCAUCGAUGUUACCAACCAAGCGAUUCAAAAAAAAUUGAUUGAACACAUACAAAACCGAAUACGGAAUUGUCCAAAAAAAAAAAAAAAUAAAUCCAUCAAAGCACCGAAUGAAUCAUGGAAAUACAAAGUGAAGCAAUAACUGCGCCCGUUCAAAAUGACCAAGUUGAAGAAGUGAUAACCAACGGCAAUGAUACCGUUGCCGACGAUGAUGUGAAUAUGAAUGCUUCGGAAAAUUCUAGUCAUCAAGUCAACGGGAGUCACAGUGAAACCAAUACCGAAAAUGACUGUUUGGUGCGACUGGUUUUUCGCGAUAGUAGCACAUUCGAUGAAUUGCAUCAGGUGAUUGGCCAAUGUAUACGUGAUGCAUUGUUUUCACUACAGAAGCGCGCCAAUUUGAUUGUUGAAAAAAGCGAAAACUGCGUUAAAAUCAACGAGAUCUCAGAUGACAAUGAGGAGAGUAUGUUCAUGGUUGAUACACUGCCCACAGAAAAUGCAAACGAAUCCGAAGUCCCCGAUUACAACUCAAGCCAACUUGAAAUGCACGAAGAAGAAGCCACAUCGAAUGAUGCUGAAGCAGAUGAUGGUGGCAAACCGAAGAUGGGCAACUGUUGGAAUUGUGGCGGUGAUCACACUAUGAAAGAUUGCAAAGAGAAACGUGAUUCGGCGGCAAUUAGCCGUGCCAAACAGUCAUUCAUACAAAAGACUAGAACGGAACGAUAUCAUUUGGAAGCUGAACAGAAGUACAGUCAUUUGGUGCCGGGUCAAUUGAGCGAUAAUUUACGCCAGGCACUCGGUUUGAGGUCGCGUGAACUGCCGCUGUUCAUUUAUAAAAUGCGAUUGUAUGGAUAUCCACUAGGCUGGCUGGAAGAAGCUAAAAUCAACCACUCUGGACUAUCACUGUUCCAUUCUGAGGAUACAAGCAGUGAUGACAAAAAGGAUGACGAAGAUGGAGAGGUCGACAAAGUCGAAUAUGAUGCAUCCAAAUUCAUUGAGUAUCCCGGUUUCAAUGCAGCCAUUCCAUCGAAUUUGAUUGAUGAUGGCGAUUAUUACCGAGUGCCUCCGAUGAUCUUUGAGCACAGCAAAGAAGGUUUGAUUCAAUCGUUGCAAAAUAAUUUGACAAAAACUUACAAGCGAAAGCGUCUAAAGCUUGAUGUUAACGAGACGCCAGCGAUAGACAAUGUAAAAGGUGACGAUAUGGAUAUUGAAGCAAGUGACAGUGAAAAUACACCGAUGCUAUUUCCGCAACCACGGCCCGUGUUGGAUGAAAGCAACUCAAAUACUGUAGCUGACGAAGCUUCGCUGCUCGAAUUGGAACGCAGGCAAGAAGAGUUGCGAAAAGCGCUGGAAGAUGCGAAUUCAUCUGAUUCAAAUUCAUUGCCAUCCGACCAAAAUAACCAGCAACAAAACGACGAUAACGAAACGCCCCAGCCAGAAUCCAAUGAAGCCACACAAGAGAAAUCCAAUGAGACAAUCGAAUCAAAUUCCAAUCAAAAUAAUACUGUUGAAACAGAUAGUCCCGAAAGUCCAACUGGUGAUGAAUUCGUGACCGAAGUGUCAAUAGCCGAAACCACUGCGGAAUUCAUUGAAACGACAGAAAGUGUAGCGAUUUUGAAUACUCCAGUACCAUCGACGACCGGUCAUUCGCGUGAAUCUGUCUCUGGAACGCCGCUCAUCAAACAAGUGUCACCGUUUACUCGACUACCAGGUGGCGAAAUGUGGUCGGUCGGCGUGAGCGAUGUCAUCGAUUUUGAAAAUCUACCCGAAGCAACUGGUAAAUAUGGUACAAUGAAGGGACUCAUCGAUAAAGUUCGCACGGUUGUUAAACGAAUAAACGACGACACCGAACACGAUUCGUCAUGACACAUUAGCGAUGAUAGUUAAAUAAAACAAAUCGAUCAUUGAGAGAAAACAUUUUAAAUUCAAAUUUUGGAAAUAGGAAAAUGUUCGCAAAACAAAACAAAAAUCAAGCCUGAAUGCCAGGUAUAACGCCUCUUUGAAUAAAACAAAUUACACACGAAAUUAAAACGUCAA